UGGCCUUCGCAAACGGAGCAGAAAUGUACGGCGGCGUGUGGCAAGUGUUUUUUUUUUUUUCCCAAAUCUUGUGGCUGUGGAGGAGUGAGUGAAAUGAAAGCGAAGGGAUUAGGAGCUUGAGCGAAUUUGCAACGGAACUUCGUGGUAUAUGUGACUGGCCAUUGAUACACUGGAGGGGCGUUCAGUGAUGAGUGUUCCGCAAGGGUAGCAAUAGGAUUGUGGAGGAAAGGCUGUGCGUGAAGGGAUUGAGCGAUUGCAUUGUGACUUUUGCCACCGCGGUUGCACGAUCUGGCAUUUCGCGCUUCCAGGUGUCCGGUUUCGUGGGUCACUGUUGGGUUCCUCUGUUUAGCGUGUGCGCUGGUAAGUCGAGGCAUCACAUUUGAAAUCCCCUGCAUGCCGUAGAAUGUAAGCCGAAUGGUUCCAGGAUUUCGUGUUUUGUUCAGAAAAUGUCAGAGAGGUGAAAGUGACCGCAAGUGACGGGGCGGAGGAGGUAGCUGGCGGAGUUUUUUCUGGUACUUGGCGGUGGCGAUGCUGAAGACCUACGGUAUGUCGUAUGGUGAGAUAUUCGCACUGUCUGGGCAUGUACAUUCGUCGUCGCGGAUUUCGAGAAGGUUGUUUUCUGCGUCAGAGCCUUCGUCGGGAGAGCGUAGUAGGAACGUAUGACUUACUGAGCGCACUCAGAAAUCAUGGGUUUCUUGGAGAUGAUUGAGGGGCUCUGCAGAUUCCGUUCGUUCUGUUUUGGUGUGCAACGGCUAUGACAACCCGGAAGAUGGUGUGGGCAAACCUCCUAUCGAUGUUACGACGGAGUUGGGAUUAUUGCUGGCUCUAAGAGCCUAGGGCGUUGCAUGUGCGAGCGCCCCUUCACACCGUUGUGAAAUGAGGAGAGGAAUCAUCUCAUGACAAUGUCAAUAUGCCUCUGCUUUGCUCUUGGCUCUUAUACCGGAGCUCAUGCCUUUGACUUUGAAUUCAAUCUCGAGAAGAAUGCCUCUGGUUAUAGUGAUACAAAAAUCAAACUAAAGUAAAGCAGGGCAGUAGGGGUCGAUCUAAGGCUGAUUAACGAUGGGGAAGGAAGAAGAUGUUUGUAGUCGAGGACGGAAAGUCCAUCGAGUAUCUGCCCAUAGAAGUAGCAAAUUUGACCAUGUCAGAUCGCAAACACCUUUGCGAACGCUUGCUUCAAAGGAACCGGCGUCGAUGUGGACGUCGGAAUCAACGGGUCCUAUCCUCCAGUCGUCAGCGAGGAGCAGAGUAGGUAUAGAUAACGUUCAAGAAGGCAAUAGAAGAUGCAAUACUGGAUGCAACGUGAAUACAGCAGGGAGUCACAGUGCUCGAUCAGGGUCGUCAUCCCCUAAAACCUUUCGCACUUCAAUGAGUCAAGUGUCGCACAAGAUUAGAGUGUUCAAAAAAGCGGGGGUACGUCUCACUUCUCAGCCAGAUGAGCUGCUGGCACCCUUGGGAGCUUUAUUCAUUCAAGAGAAUGCGACGGAGAACCGCAGAAUGGCUAUUUUAGAGCUUGAAGAAUCAGUGAUCGCCAGUAAAGUUGUGAAGAAUGUGCAACCGCUUAGGGAUCUGCUUGCCGCAGAUAUGGCGGGCUCUUGUGGUCCAAGAAAGGGAAUGGCUAAUGAUUCAGUUAGGUACGCUGGACCCGUAAGGUUUUCAGCGGUUGGGGACAUUGGAACCCUUAACAGAAAAACUAACGGAGAGGCCCCGAAAUCAGUGAAAUCAGACGAUUCACAGGGUCUACGAUUUUUCUACGCAAGGGACUGGAUGAUGCAGACUUCUGACGAGGAAGACGAAUUCUGGGACUCAGGAUCGUUGUGCGGGGCUGAGAUGGCACCAAGACGGCGAACGAGAUCCUCGAAAAGUGAGAAAUCUCCAAGCUCUUCAAACUUUGCCACUGGACAGGCAACAAGGAUGGAGUCGAGCAGAGUCAACUCUUUAUCUUCAUUGAGCACCGCCAAUAUUGCAAGUUGGGUUGGCGGCUCGCAGGAACCCAACGUGCAGGGUCCUGGGCAUGUGUGUUCUAGAUCUCCUGAGGAGCCAAAGGUUGGAUGUAGUGGGCCAAAACCGUCACUGGGUACUUUGCUUGCUGAGGAAGUUGCGACUGAUCGCGUUCAGAGCGGUGCAGACCUGAGGGAAGGAAUUACAGGAGUUGGAGGUAUGUCCUCCAGAUGGAGCACCGCAGUAAACACGGGCGAGGGCAGUAGACGCGCCAAAAUUGGAUCUUUGAGUGACAUUUCUGUUCCAGUGCACCCUGAGUCUCAGAUUCGGUUGGAAUACCUGAUUACGAAGUUUUUGACCCCACGUACGAAUCCCAUCGAAGGGGAAGCCGCGCAUGAAAGGCACGAAAUCCAGAGCCUGGUCGGGCAUGACGUAGAACCGAUUUUCUCAACCCCAGCUGCACAGGGUACUCUUUGCUCUACUUCUGGGAGUAUGCAAGGCAGUGUAACUGUGACAGAAGGAGAGGAAAACUUCCUGAGCCCUACUUCUGAGAGUGUACAAGGCAGUGAAACCGUGAUGGAAGUAGAUGAAGCCUUUUUGAGUCCUACUUCUGAGAGUUUGCAAGGCAGUACGAACGUGACGGAAGGGGAUGAAAACUUCUUGAGUCCUACUUUUUUUGCAGAUGUAGUUAUGGACGUCAAUGUGGACCUUUCUACUCAAUCAGCAGUGGAUACUCCAAACAUUGUCCUGAAGCCUUCAAUUUCAAAUGUUUUGAAUGUACCGCACUCUCCGCUGUUGGAGCCCACAGCGAGUAUUGGAGAAGUUCUCAACACUGUCGCAGACGCAGUUCAUGUAGACGAAACAAGUCCUACUGAUAGGAGGGAUAUAGCGCAUACAAAUACUGUUGGGGAGGGGGUUGAAGCACCAAGAGUUCAAUUGGGUACUCUUUUAGAACGGGCGAGGGAAGAGCUGGACUGGCUACCAUUAAGCCGAAGCCGAAUAAGCUCUCCUUUUCUACCUGAAAGCCAGUCGUCAAGUUCUAGGAGCUCAAGUGUUAACAUGGUUGGGAUGUUAUCAGGAGAUCCUGAUGCUAAUUGGCAAAUUACUGCAAGUGAAGCGCCAGUCCGGACCCCGCAUGUCGUUGUGGAUGACUCUUUCAGUGGUGAAUUUCGGACAGUUGAACCCUCACUAAGUCCAGACAUGGUUCACCGUCCAGAGAUUCAGCACCCUCCAAAUUCUGGAACAGGAAUGGAGGGUCCCCAUGAGGAAGCGAGAGAGGUUGUUGUCCCGACACCAGCAAGAGAAGAGCCUCCGAGGCGCGUGUCAUUGUUGUCUUUGUUGAACCAAGAUAUGGAAAUGGACGAGAACGGAGCACAAGCGGAGAGGGGUGGAUAUGAAGAUGAACCGGAUGAUCAUGUGACAGAGCAGUUGGAUCCCAUGUGCUGCGUGUGCAUGGUUGGCCACAAAGGUGCAGCAUUUAUUCCAUGUGGACAUACGUUCUGCCGGAGAUGCUGUCGGGAAGUGCGCAGGACUAGAGGGUGCUGCCCUCUCUGCAAACAAACCAUUAUUGAUGUUCUCAAUAUCUAUUAAGGGAGUAUUUGAGCUUGGUUGCAUGGUGUGUAGGGAGUAUUUGAGCUUGGUUGCAUGGUGUGCUCGGUUGCCAUCAAGAACAUCAUGAUCUUUGUGGAUGCUUUUUGGAAUUGCAAGAAGGUGCAGACCUUGAUUUGUAUGGGGGCAAGAAUAAGAAAGUUCCAUGGGAGAUCAAUGUCAAAUUUUAUAGAUCAACCUCCACGCUAACUGAGAAGAAAUCCAGUGAUUGAAUAUGUUCUCGAGUAGCGGUGAUGGUAAUGGCGACGUAUGAGCACAUUUGAGUGAUGCAAACUAUGUACUCAGCAGCUACACAAGCGACAUUGCAUGAUAUUGUUCUAGGUGUUCUAGUAAAAGCAGUGCAGAUGGUAUGGACGGCAGGGUAGACCUUAAACUGGUAACAUAGUAAGCUUUGUCAUAUCCUUGAGGAAAAUGCUAUGGAAAGGUGAGGAAUUUCUCCAGGGUAAUGAUCUCAACCAGCCGCAUACCCGGCUGAAUCCUCCCUCGUGUCUACAACUCUGAUUGUAGGAUGCUAACUUGCUUGUGGAUGUCUUAGUUGAUGAAGCAUUAGUUGGGUAUCUUUACAAAAAAUUAAUUUAUGCAAGGUGAUUAUCAUCUGAAGGUUCUUGAACCAAUCAUAUAAGAGGUUUUCAUUUCAUUAUA